GCCUCUCGCACCACUCUGCACCCAGCAGUUAAAGGAGACAUUAAAUCACUGAAGCAACAUGUCUGACCAAACUCUUAAAAGCGUUAAAUCCACCCUGGAGCGGGGCAUGAAUAUGAAGGAUGAGGAGAAGCUUUACAAGCGAAAUGGGAUCCUCUACUCCACGAUCAUGAGCCCACCAGAGAACCUGGAUGCCUUGAAGGAUCUGGAGGCCAGAGAGGAUGACGUCAUGCUGGUGGCAUACCCUAAAUGUGGCUGUAACUGGAUGGUGGGAGUGUUGAAGAAAGUGAUGACUACAUGUGGAUACACUGUUCCUGAACUUCCCCCACUGAUUGAGUUCAUCACUCCACAGAUACAGAAGAUUGUAGCCGAGAUGCCAUCAAGGCGGUUGCUUGCGACACAUUUGCACCCCCAUGACAUUCCUGUUUCAUUUAAGACCAACAGAACAAAGAUGUUGGUGGUGUUUCGAAACCCAAAAGACACUCUAGUCUCUUAUUACCAUUUCAUGAACAAAAACCCAGUGCUCCCCAAUGCCUCCUGGGACAAAUUUUUCUCCGACUUCAUGUCUGGCGAAGUGGGCUGGGGUUCAUAUUUUGACCACAUCCUGGCCUGGGAGAAACACAUGGACGACCCUAAUGUGUUAAUGGUGACCUAUGAGGAGCUAAAGGAGAACCUGCUUGAUGGUGUAAAGAAAGUCGCAGACUUCUUCAGCUUCACAUUGACAGAUGAACAGGUCAAGGUGAUCGCCGAAGAAAGCACAUUUAGUGCCAUGCAGAAGAAUCCUUCUUAUGGAAAAUUGGCUGAAAUUAUAUUCCGAAAAGGUGAGGUAGGAGACUGGAAGAACCACUUCAGCGAGGCUCAGAGUAAGCAGAUGGAUGAAGAGUUCAAGAAGAAACUAUCAGGAACCAGACUGGGAGCCAAGCUUAAAUACGAACAGUACUGUCAGUAGUCUGGGAUAUUAAACACUAUGAAACUU